AUGGACGAGGAACAGAGUUGGGGGCCUAGGUUUGGUUAUACAGGAAGAAAGAUGAAAAAUAGGCCAAAUGGGUGGGAGACAGAUUAUGAAGUGAUACAGAGGAAGUAUAGGGAGAAAGGUUUCAAUAAGGUUCCAGAAAUUGUGUUCUGGAACCUAAGAGUGGGGUUGCAAUGGUCAGUGGGUUCAAAGAAUAUGGUGAAAAUUUUCUUGGAGGAAGGUGGGAUUGUCAACCCAGAGGCUGUGAUGGAGCAGGCCAUCUCUGGUGAACUAUACCAGAAACUGGUUGUUUUUGACUGA